CGUAAAUUCAGACAUAGUUACUGCUUCCUCAUACAGCAGGUUUGCAACGAAACCAGGCUCAACCAUAAAAUCCCUACAAAUAAAACCGUUACUAAUGUCUGACCAUACGAAAAGGAAGCGGAGUAGACAGUCUAAGGAUUAGUUGGUAAACAAUACUUACGGGUACCAUUCAGAUACACGAUCCAUUGUAAGAAAAUUACACCUACGAGUAUAACAACACACUACGUCAGAUACUCUAAUCCACCGUACCAAAUAGUUAAAAAGCAUUUACAAAAAUGUACCUGCGGCGGUGGAAACGUGGUCGGCGGCAACUCCUUGUUAGUCCGGGAAGGAAGGAAGACGACGAUUGGAAUUCCUUUUUUCCACAGGAUUUUCCUUCGCCUGCUCUUCUGUCAACAGACGACAACCCUACCCUUGCUGCUCUCUCCCUAACUUUCUCCUGCCUUUCGUCCUGGGAACUUUCUGCCGCUCUUCUUCCCACAACCCUGUUAGGAACGGAACAUUUCCAACAAACCCCUCGAGCGAAUCAGCGGCGGCGGUGGCAGGCGACGAUGGUGGCUCGGAGGUGGAGACCAGUAUUGAGCGACCGCCGACCAGCGGUGGAUUGACUGGCGGAGGCGGAGGCGGAGGGGGAGGCUUGCAUGCAAGGGAGGCGGAAGCGAAGGAAGGAGGAGGGCGGUUAAGUUUUCUUUCUCAAGGAAAAUAGAGAAGCCUGCGCAUGGGGGGAAGAAAAAGCAUGGAUAUGGAUCGAUUGCUUGAUUUUGUAGGGGAGGCUUUUAUAGUUGUUCAACUUUGCCAUAAUUGAAGUGUGUUGGGUCUUGGGAGAAUAAAAAUAAUGCCCAAGGCCAAAAGUAGUUGUGCCGCCGAUCUGCUAUUGCUAAGGGCCUGAUUGGGCCUGGUACAAAAGGCAUGUUCGAAUUCACAUGAGGCCUUUUUAAUGGCCAAAAAAUACGAGGCCUUUUUAAUCAAUCGGAUUAUUUAGACAACAAAUAAUCCGAAUCGAUAGUGAACAAAUAAUUAGGAUCUCAAAACAACCUAUGGUACUUUAGCUGUCUACCGAAUUUCGCUGAUCAUCUAGAAUGACAAAGAACAAUUAUUCCACGUGAUAGGAUCAUCUCCGACAAAAAUCUCAUAAGAUCUUCCUUGAUCUAUCAUAACCUCAUCGUGACUUGGCCAUAGGUAUCAAUGUCAUGCUAGUGCCUGAUAUAAAUAUAUUUAUAAGGAACAAGACAUUCUACCUCAACCGACAAACUUCUAUCAAUGUAAAACUUCUAUCGAUGUCAAGUCUCACUUUUCAACUAUAAUGUUAUAUACUAUGUUACAUGCGUCUUAGUAUAUGAAAUCGUGUCAAGGCAGAAUAUUGAACGUCAACCGACAAACUUCUAUCAAUCCAUUUUACACGCAUUAGUGUCAAGGCAGAAUAUUGAACCAUUCGGAACAUGGAGCUUUCACGUUUAUAAGUUUGUCAAGGCAGAAUUUCAAACUUAGUCACUAGAGUGCGCUACAGCCUACAAAUGCCCUUUCACGUGGUUUAGCAAAGGUUUGUUUUGGGAUGUACUAGUCCUUUGUACUAGUUUUGGGUUAACGCAAAGUUGCAAGGUGGAGGUGGGCACAACGGUGGUGUGUGACAAAAAUGACAUGUCGUGUAGAAUUACUAUUUAUGAAUAGUUGUAAAAUAAAAUUCUAAAUAGAAAAAUGAAAUUUCUUCCAAAAACUUGACUAGCAAGGAGAGGGUAAUCAACUAUGAACAAGUGAUUUCAAAGAAGAAACAUAAAACCGCUAAUAAUUAUAAAAAAACUAAAUAUAAUGGUUGAAACUAGUAUCCGAACCCUACACCUAUUCUAGCAAACUUAAUAGUAAACUACUAGCUUAACCACUAAGUUUGCCAACGUUUCUUGUUUUGUAUGCUAAGUUUAUGGAAACUAUAAGUGUGAUGAUGUUAGCCACAUUCCAUCUCGUGAGUGGUUGAGAAACGAUCAGACGCUUCCCUUCGAUCGUCUUCUUCCUGUUCGUAUUUCAAAUUUCAGUUCUUUUUUUUCCAAAUUCGAACUUCAGUUUUCUGCUCCACAUAAAUUCCCAAAAUUUCCAUAAUAGCAUACUGAUACAACAUGGUCCUAUUAUUGAUUUUGAGGGUAUGGCAUAUUUAGUUUUAACACAAAUAUGUGCGAUAAACAAAAUUCGCAGAACUUGACCCAGGAAGGUUUGACAUCAUCAAUGAUAGAACAUUGAGGCGCCGCCGUUGAUCUGUUAGUGACGGAACUUGGAAGCGAGGCUAAUGGCGUCGGGGUCAUCAAAGACCAUUUGUGUCGUCGUGGGAGGACUCUCCGGUGGGGAGGUCACCCCUUUUUCUUUCGACGAAGGUCUCUGCAACUCGUUCGAGAAGCAAUAACGCCAAUCGCCAGAAAAAGCGAGCAGAGGAGAACCCUUCCUUCUUCUUCUGGUUGCAAGGAUUCGAAAUCCCUUCCGCAAGAGGUCACCCCUUUUUCUUUCGACGAAGGUCUCUGCAACUCGUUCGAGAAGCAAUAACGCCAAUCGCCAGAAAAAGCGAGCAGAGGAGAACCCUUCCUUCUUCUUCUGGUUGCAAGGAUUCGAAAUCCCUUCCGCAAGGAGAAUCUAAGUUGUUGGUGAGCGAUGAAUUUGGGGCCGACAAGGGAGAUUAGAAAGGGUAGGGAGAGGGCUAGCGGCGUCUAGCGGCGGAGGACGGAGGAACAGGGGAAGAGGAUAGAGCAUUAAGGUAUCGGCGUGUAGCAGCGGAGAAGAGAGGGUCGGGAUGGGGGGAACGAAGUGCUGGUAGGUUGGAUGGGGUAGGUACCCUUUAUGUUUUGGGGUGGUUGAAUUUGGGUUCAAUCAAAAUAUUGAAAAAACCCAACCCAACUCAAACUAACCAACCCACGGACAUAGAGGACUAAAAUGAAAGAAAAACUAAUUCUAUGAGUUGAUCUGUAAUUUUAUUAAUAUAAAUUCCGAAAAAACAAAUCAUUUAAUAAAAUUUAAUCUCAGCCGUUGAGAUCACACGUACGGUUAAGAUCGUCAAGGUACGCCAUACCCCGGAAUUUACCCGGGGUACGAUAGAACUCGCCAUAUAUAUAUAUAUUUUGUCUAAUUGAAUCUAAUGAGUCAUACAUGUUUCGAUUUAAAUCGUAAGGCGGCAUCAUUUUGCACACGAAAAUCAGAUUAGGCCGUAGUGCGAUAACUUGUCGAAAAAUGCAAAUCUUGCAUUAUUUGAAAAUGUCAUAGAAAUGCAUUAUUAUUUAUUUAUUUUUGUAUAACAUAAAUGCAUUAAUUGAAAUAAGACUAAAUUACAUGCUUGGUCACUCAGUUUAUCACAAUAUUUUGGAAUUUAUUUGAAAAUUGUACCUUAUUUCUCCAUAAUUGCUAAAAUUAAUAUCAAUUCCGCAUAAUUCAAAAUUUAUAAUUGAAAAUGAAUUCCUAAAAACUUAUUAAAUUCAUCUAUAACAAACGGCAUGUUAAUGUUUAUUUUAACUAGCUAUCAUAAGGCCGCUUAUCAACGGUGAAUUACACUAAAUAUAAAUUACAUAACCUAAGAGAUGAUGAUUUGAUGAAUGACUACCCAAUUGAAUACAUCGAAAAUGUGUCU